AUGUGUGUCUAUAUAAACAAACAUUCAAAUGCUCUUAACCCUGUCUGCGCACCAACAUCAACAAGAGAAGAAGUAUCAAGGAAAACAAAUUAGAUGGGUUUCACGACAGAGCAGGAAGCUCUUGUGGUCAAGUCAUGGGAAGUGAUGAAGAAGGAUGCUGCAGCUCUGGGGCUCAAGCUUUUCUUGAGGAUUUUCGAAAUAGCACCAUCUGCUCAGCGCCUCUUCUCUUUUCUCAAGGACUCUGAUGUACCUCUCCACAAGAACCCCAAGCUCAAAGCCCACGCUAUGGCUGUCUUUGUUAUGACCUGUGAAUCUGCUGUACAACUGCGCAAAGCUGGAAAGAUCACCGUGAGGGAGACCACAUUGAAGAAAUUGGGUGCAACUCAUUUCAAGUAUGGCGUGGUUGACGAACAUUUCGAGGUGGUCAGGUUCUCACUGCUGGAAACGAUAAAGGAGGCAGUUGGCGAUAUUUGGUGCCCGGAGAUGAAGAGCGCAUGGGGAGAAGCCUAUGAUCAGCUUGUUGCUGCCAUUAAAGUAGAAAUGAAACCCCUCCCUUCCUCCUCUUAAUUACUUCAAUUAGGAUUAAUUUCACCCGUGGUUUGGCAUUGUAUUUCUAAUUUUGUAUCCUCAAAAUAAACGCUGUGAAUAAAUGAUGGUUGUGAAAUGCUUGAGAUU